UAGCAAGUGUCUCUCCCACAGCUGAGGGCCAGAACACCACGUUCGUUUGUGCUCUGGCUCUAGGCCACUCUUCUCUUGGCCCUUGAGAAGAGCUGCUGCAGGCAUUUUAAAGGGAAUGAGCUCUGACUGAGACUUGACUUCAGAACCACUGGGGUGACCUGAUCUUUUGACACAGCAACGCACUGCUUCUUGCCUUCCAGCUCUUUUUCAACAAGUCCCCAACCCCCCUCCCUGUCAGACUCUGAAGUGUCACUCACUGUGUUUUUUAUGCUUCCAAUAGUUUCCAAAACAAACAGUGGAGGCAGUGACCGGCUGGGUAUUCACUGGAUGCAACAGUAACUCCCAAUACGAGCAACCUGAGCCGCAAUUGGCGGCAGGUCUGCUCCCUAAAAGGCCGGCGCUUGCCAAUCUCUGUGCUCUGCCAGGUUCUGGAAUCAGGGAUUUGAGACUAAUGGUCUGCAUAUGUCCACUGAGAGGAAGGGAGACUAGACUCUGAAGGACAUAUACACUAGUUCGAUCUUCCUCUCCUUUCAUUUUGUCUAUUCAAACAAAAAAAUGUAUAUAUAAAAAUUACACGCACACACACACAUGCACACACAAUUAUUUUCUUUGAAUACAAAUACAGAAAUUGUUUUUUCAGAUUUGGGUUUUGGGUUUUGGGUUUUGUUUUGUUUUUUCCCGCUUUCCCUCCUUCCUUUACCCUCUGUGCCCUCCAUCUGUGUCUCCCCUCCUUCCCUAGCCCAGUUCAGGUUGAAACUUUGCUGCAAAGAAUCCCUUCGCCCCUCCAGGGAUGGCUCUGAGCUCUCGGGCGCAUGCCUUCUCCGUGGAAGCCUUAGUGGCGGGACCCAGCAAAAGAAAACUCCAAGAGGGCGGAGAGGAAGAGGAGGAGAGCAGAAGCGCUGCAGGGAAAAGCGAGCAGCGGGCAGAAAAACAACCUAAGACAGAGCCCUCAACAACUGCUUCCUCUGCCUGCGGCAGCGACAGUGGCGACGGCAACAUCCCUGAAACUCUGGAAGACAAAGAUAUUCAAAUGGAGCUUCAAGGAUCUGAAUUGUGGAAGAAAUUCCAUGACAUCGGGACUGAGAUGAUCAUUACUAAAGCGGGCAGGCGGAUGUUCCCCUCUGUUCGGGUCAAGGUGAAAGGGUUGGAUCCUGGGAAGCAGUACUAUAUGGUCAUCGACGUGGUGCCAGUGGAUUCCAAACGCUAUAAGUAUGUGUAUCACAGCUCACAGUGGAUGGCAGCCGGAAAUACGGACCAUUUGUGCAUCACUCCUAGAUUCUAUGUUCACCCGGACUCACCCUGCUCAGGAGAGACCUGGAUGCGGCAGAUCAUCUGCUUUGACCGCAUGAAACUCACCAACAAUGAAAUGGAUGACAAAGGCUAUAUCAUUCUGCAAUCCAUGCAUAAGUACAAACCCCGAGUGCACGUAAUGGAGCAAGACAGCAGUGUUGACCUGUCCCAGAUUCAGUCCUUGCCCACUGAAAGGGUUAAAACAUUCUCCUUUAAAGAAACUGAGUUCACCACAGUAACGGCUUACCAAAACCAACAGAUCACUAAACUAAAAAUAGACAGAAAUCCUUUUGCUAAAGGAUUUAGAGAUCCCGGAAGAAACAGGGGUGUAUUGGAUGGGCUUUUAGACACCUACCCAUGGAGGCCUUCUCCCACUCUCAAUUAUAAAACCUUUGGCGCAGACACACAAAGUGGAAGCAGUGGCUCAUCUCCAGUUGCCCCUAAUGGAGGGGUCUCCUCUCCUUUGAACUCCUUUCUUUCUCCACCUUGCUCUUCACCUAUGUUUCAUUUACCUACAAACUCCCUUGGAAUGCCCUUGCACAAUGUCAACCUGCCUUUUUGCUGCAAGAUUUGUUCAACUAAUUUUUGGCAACAGCAACCUCUUGUUUUACCUGCUCCUGAAAGACUAUCAAGCAGCAACAGUUCUCAGAUUUUUGCCCCACUCAUGAUGGAAAUGCCUGUGUUAUCCUCCCCGGGGGUCACCAAUUCAAAAAGUGGUUCAUAUGCAGACUCCCGUGAUCAGGGUCUACAAGCACCUAUUUCUACCGGUCAAAUGUUAAAUGGAUUACAGGCACCUGGAAGUAUUUUUCUGCCAAACCCCAUCGCCCAGGAAGCACUUAGUUGCUCCUUUCAUCCUUCCUAUGGCUUUUAUAGAUGCAAUUCCUCUAUGCCAUCUAGACUGAUAAAUGCUUCCAACCAUCUUGAAGUGAAGGACAACAGUCAAGUUUCUUCUAGAGAAGGCAAAUGAAAUGAUGUUUGUUGAUAUCCAGCAAUUAACCAUUACCUUUAGUGAAACAAUAGCAUUUCUAGAACGGUUACAUGUAAGAAAAUAUUUUCUUUAUUUGUAGCCAAAGAAACUUCAAUAGCUAUUGGGCUUAAAAAGCAUCAUUACAAUAUGGUAUUUCUUUGUUAUGCAUUUAAAGAUUUAAAGUGCCUUAUCAAAUAAAUAUUCACGAGCUGUUUAUAACAUCAAAUGUAACUGAUAGGAAUCUCUGAUUACAGUUGCCUUGAGCUUCAAAAUGAGAUAUGCAAUAAAUAUUAUUUGAUGACAUUCCACCAGUGAAAAUUGAUGCGAAGUGAUGGGAUUUUCAAUUAAGUGAAGCUAGUUUACCAUGAUAACUGCAUUUUACACAUUAACAAUGACCAAAAGAAGAUGGAUGUCAUUCCUAUGAAAGCAGUGAAACAAUUAGUUUUAACCAUGAAGAUUGGCUUUAGUGUAAUUAUCUAGUAGUAGCAGAAGAAAAUUUAAUUAUUUGUGGCUUUAUAUCUUUAUACUUUGCUGUUGAAUAAACUACUAAUCUCACUUUAUGAUGCAAAUAAGAACACAAAUUUUCAUGUAUUAUAUUUUAUUUAUCUUUGCAGCCUGAAGACCAUUUAAUCUUGAAGAAACACAAUGAUCAAAUAAAAAGUAAAACACUCUAAAUAAAUUUGCUUUUAUUUUC